CUUUUGUGCUCAUAGCCACGCAGUGAUGACCCUCGACAUGUGUUGAGACAGUUGUGUAACUGCUGUAUUAUAUAUAUUGCUAAAUGGCUCUGCUCGAAGCUGAAGGGGAGUAGAGUCCAAAGAAGAAUGGACCCUGUUACAGCAUCACAACAGUCGAAGUAGACCAGACCCAGAAGCUCUCUCUUCUCUUUCUUAGAUUUGCCUCCACCCCAAAAGGAAAUAUAUAGAUUCUGAGAAGCCAAUUAGGGGGUGAGAGAAACUAUGGAAGCUAACUCAGUUUCCAAGUUGUUCUUGGUGUUGUGCAUGGUCUUGCAGCUGGGUUCUCAGCUGAUUCAGUGUAGCGUGACCUACGACAGGAAGGCCAUUGUGAUAAAUGGGCAGAGGAGAAUCCUCAUCUCCGGUUCCAUACAUUACCCUAGAAGCACCCCUGAUAUGUGGGAAGAUAUCAUACAGAAAGCCAAAGAUGGAGGCCUGGAUGUCGUUGAAACCUACGUUUUUUGGAAUGUCCACGAGCCUUCACCUGGCAGUUACAAUUUCGAAGGGAGAUAUGAUCUGGUUAGAUUCAUAAGGACAGUGCAGAAAGCAGGACUGUAUGCCCAUCUUCGCAUUGGACCCUAUGUUUGUGCAGAGUGGAAUUUUGGAGGGUUUCCUGUUUGGCUCAAGUAUGUCCCAGGCAUCAGCUUCAGAACUGACAAUGAGCCUUUCAAGAGGGCAAUGCAAGGGUUCACUGAGAAGAUUGUAGGGCUAAUGAAAAGUGAGAGGUUGUUCGAGUCCCAGGGUGGCCCCAUCAUACUCUCUCAGAUUGAGAACGAGUAUGGAGCUCAAAGUAAGUUACUUGGAGCUGCUGGCCAUGACUACAUGACUUGGGCUGCAAAUAUGGCUGUUGGGUUGGGAACUGGUGUGCCCUGGGUGAUGUGCAAGGAAGAAGAUGCUCCAGAUCCUGUGAUAAAUACGUGCAAUGGCUUUUACUGUGAUGCAUUUUCUCCUAAUAAACCAUACAAGCCCACAAUAUGGACAGAGGCUUGGAGUGGCUGGUUUAACGAGUUUGGCGGUCCACUUCACCAGCGGCCAGUUCAAGAUUUGGCAUUUGCAGUUGCUCGAUUCAUACAAAAGGGAGGGUCCUUUGUUAAUUACUACAUGUACCAUGGAGGGACCAAUUUUGGACGCACUGCUGGGGGCCCUUUCAUCACUACCAGCUAUGACUAUGAUGCUCCAAUUGAUGAGUAUGGUUUGGUCAGACAACCAAAAUAUGGUCAUUUGAAAGAACUUCACAGAUCUAUUAAGCUUUGCGAGCGAGCUUUAGUUUCAGCUGAUCCUAUUGUUUCUUCUUUAGGGAGCUUUCAACAGGCUCAUGUAUACUCUUCAGAAGCUGGAGAUUGUGCGGCCUUCCUCUCAAACUAUGAUACUAAGUCUUCUGCAAGAGUGAUGUUCAACAACAUGCAUUAUAAUUUACCUCCUUGGUCAAUCAGCAUUCUUCCUGACUGCAGAAAUGCAGUCUUUAAUACUGCAAAAGUUGGAGUUCAAACUGCACAUAUGGAAAUGUUGCCGACCAAUGCUGACAUGCUGUCCUGGGAGAGUUAUGAUGAGGAUAUAUCUUCUCUGGACGACAGCUCAACAUUCACUACCCUUGGUCUCUUGGAGCAGAUAAAUGUGACUAGGGAUGCUAGUGAUUAUCUGUGGUACAUAACUAGAAUUGAUAUUGGUUCAUCUGAGUCCUUCUUGCGAGGUGGGGAACUCCCUACUCUUAUCCUGCAAACGACUGGCCAUGCUGUGCAUGUCUUUAUAAACGGGCAACUUACAGGUUCUGCUUUCGGGACAAGGGAGUAUAGGAGAUUCACAUUUACAGAAAAGGUCAACCUGCAUGCUGGAACAAACACAAUUGCACUGCUGAGUGUUGCAGUUGGAUUACCAAAUGUGGGGGGACAUUUUGAGACAUGGAACACAGGAAUCCUGGGUCCAGUUGCACUUCAUGGACUUAACCAGGGAAAAUGGGACUUGUCAUGGCAGAGAUGGACCUACAAGGUUGGGCUGAAAGGAGAGGCCAUGAAUCUUGUCUCUCCAAAUGGUAUUUCAUCUGUUGACUGGAUGCAGGGCUCAUUAGCUGCACAAAGGCAGCAGCCAUUGACAUGGCAUAAGGCUUUUUUCAAUGCACCCGAAGGAGAUGAGCCAUUGGCUUUAGACAUGGAGGGUAUGGGUAAAGGCCAAGUAUGGAUUAAUGGGCAGAGUAUUGGAAGAUACUGGACUGCAUAUGCCAAUGGUAAUUGCCAAGGAUGCAGUUACUCUGGGACAUAUCGACCCCCAAAGUGUCAACUUGGUUGUGGCCAACCAACCCAACGAUGGUACCAUGUGCCUCGUUCCUGGUUAAAGCCAACACAAAAUCUUCUAGUAGUUUUUGAGGAACUUGGAGGGGAUCCCUCAAGAAUUUCUCUUGUUCGGAGAUCAAUGACUAGUGUCUGUGCUGAUGUCUUCGAGUACCACCCAAACAUUAAGAACUGGCAUAUUGAAAGCUAUGGAAAAACAGAAGAGUUACACAAGCCCAAGGUUCACCUGCGGUGUGGUCCUGGCCAGUCCAUUUCUUCCAUCAAAUUUGCCAGCUAUGGAACUCCUCUGGGAACUUGUGGAAGUUUCCAGCAAGGACCUUGCCAUGCUCCUGAUUCGUAUACCAUAGUAGAGAAGAGGUGCAUAGGGCGGCAAAGAUGUGCAGUGACCAUAUCCAACACUAACUUCGCACAAGAUCCUUGUCCUAACGUGUUGAAGCGGUUAUCAGUGGAAGCUGUGUGUGCCCCUAUAGCUUCUUAAGCCAAUCAACCAAAUUCAGGAGGUUGAUUAGGCAAACAAGGAUAGAACUUUUCAAGCAUAUUUAGUUACUACUUUAACCACACACUACCAGCAAGAAAAGAAGCAAGGAAAGGAAGAAUAAAAGGAGAAGUAGAGAGAAAUGUUUUUUCUAGUUAGAUAAGUGGAAUGGCAUAGUUAUUCAGAUGGAGAAAAGAUUUGGUCAGAGGGUGUUGGUUGCUAAAUGUAGGUAGUUGUUAAUUUAAUGAGGGUUAGUGGUUUUCUGUAAUAUAGUGAUUUUCAGAGGGGGUGAGUUUGUAGAUUCAUGGAGUGAUCCAUUUUGGCUCCAUGGCAAGUUCAUAUCCCAAUUCCCGGCCUUUUAACUGGGGGAUGGGCUCUUGAGAGAAAAAAAAAAUGUAAUUUCUGUUGGCUGUUUGGUGUGAUUUAUUUGUAUGCUUGUACUGUGGGGGAAAAUCAAACCCCGAUUAGGUUCAUGUUGGGAGCGGAUCCUAAUAUGACCCCAUGCUUUACGAUUCUGUGAAAUCACAGAGGCUGUGAGAAUUUUCUUUAUUUCUGGACUUCUAAUAGCGUUUGAAUUACUAGUUUU